CAAGCCAGCAGCGUGUGGAUCGGCGGAGCGAGGGAGGCGGUCGGAUGGCUCCCUUUCAUCGAGAAGAUGCCCCGAUCUUGCCGCUGUUCAUUGCCCUAGUGCUUGUUAUUGUGGCAGGUUUGGACACGGAGAGGAUUGGAGACGAAGGGAGUGAGUUGUUCGGUGAGAUUCCUAGGGACGAAGUGAUCGAAAGGAUCAAUCAGCUCGCGGAGAUAUCUGAUGCUGAUGGAUAUCUUGAGAGGACGUUCCUAAGUCCAGCUUCAAUGAGGGCUGCAGAACUAAUAAUAAAAUGGAUGCAAGAUGCUGGAUUGAGAACGUGGGUUGAUCAAAUGGGAAAUAUACAUGGACGAAUUGAGAGUGUUAAUAAAAGUGAAAGGACCUUAUUAAUUGGGUCUCACUUUGACACUGUGGUUGAUGCUGGAAAAUUUGAUGGAUCAUUGGGUAUUAUAUCUGCAAUCUCUGCUUUGAAAGCCUUAAAGAUCAGUGGAAAAUCGCUCAAACUCAAGAGGCCAGUUGAGGUCAUCGCAUUCAGUGAUGAAGAGGGUGUAAGGUUUCAGUCUACCUUUUUAGGCAGUGCAGCUAUUGCUGGUCAGCUCCCUGCACCGAUGUUGAACACAUCUGACAAAAAUGGUGUCACAAUUCAAGAUGUGCUGAAAGAAAAUUCUUUUGAAGGUAGUGUUGGAAGUCUCCUUCAGGUCAAGUAUGACCCAGAAUCUGUGUGGGGUUAUGUGGAGGUGCAUAUUGAACAAGGUCCUGUAUUGGAAUCUCUUGGCUAUCCUCUUGGCAUUGUCCAAGGAAUCGCUGGACAAACACGGUUAAAGGUAAAAGUAACUGGUUCUCAGGGGCAUGCAGGCACUGUUCCAAUGCUAAUGCGCCAAGAUCCAAUGACUGCAGCGGCUGAACUUAUUGUAAAUCUUGAGAGUUUAUGCAAAUAUCCUGAUAGAGUUUUCACUUACAACGAACAGUGUGGAUACUACAGUAGAGAAUCCUUUUCAGGAUUGGUUUGCACGGUAGGGGAAAUAUCUGCCUGGCCAAGUGCAAGCAAUGUCAUUCCCAGCCAGGUAAACUUCACUGUUGAUGUGCGAGCAAUGGAUGAUGUGGCAAAGGAAGUUGUAAUAUCAGAAUUCUCGCAUCAGAUCUACCAAAUAUGUGACAAUCGGAUGGUUAACUGUACCAUCGAAAGUAAGCAUAAUGCAGAUGCAGUGCAUUGUGACUCCGAGCUACGGCUACAGCUCAAACAAGCAGCUCACUCAACUAUGAAGAAUUUGCCAGGAAAAAUCAAUGGGGAAGUGCCUCUACUGAUGAGCGGAGCAGGGCACGAUGCAAUUGCGAUGUCUCAUCUUACCAAGGUGGGGAUGCUGUUUGUUCGAUGCCGCGGGGGAAUCAGCCAUUCUCCUCAAGAAUAUGUAAGUGACGACGAUGUUUGGGCUGCUGUUCUUGUGCUCAUAAAUUUCCUACUCGAUCAACAUAUAAUUAGUGACCAUAUGAGCUCAUGAAAGACUCAUAAGAUGUGGUUCUAAAGGUGUAGUCUCUCAUGAGUAGUGGAUAAUCAAAAGAUCUUGCAUUCUGUUUCUAUCACUGGUCACGCAAAAAGGAUACAAAAAAAUUGUAUCCUUAGAAUGAUUCGUAGCUACUGAAUAAAUUUCCAUGUAGACUCAAGUGUAUUGAGAGACAAGAAAAGAUGUAUGAAAAGAACCUUUAGACUGA